CUCCUUUUCCCUGAAGUAAUUGGUUAUCUAUAUUUACAAGACCAUGCAAGCCUAAUCAGGGUUCUCAGCAGAAAUGAGUCCUUCUCCUGAGAUCCUGACCUGAGCCCAUAACCAGCCCAAACACAUAAAGAUAUUGAAACCACAUGAUUCCAUUCGAACUAUCUCUUCACUGAACACCCCUUUCCCGAAGCUCAAACAGAACAAAAAUCAUGACCACAAAAACUAUUGUUAUCAUCGGAUGCGGAGGCAUGGGCUUAGCCAUCGCUCGGCGCCUCGGUGCUGGCCGUCGACUAUGUAUCGCCGACUCCUCCAAUGAAGUCCUCUCCGCCGCACAGGAUACCUUGACAGACGACGGUUACAUGAUAGAAACAUUUCAGGUAGAUUUUUCUGACUAUGCAUCCGUCAGCGGCUUCGCACAGGCGGCUGCAUCGCAAGGACCUAUCGAAGCAGUCAUCCAUACAGCCGGCUUGUCACCAUCCGCAGGUAGUGCGCAAAAAAUCCUUGAAGUCGACCUCCUCGGCACCGCCAACGCUAUUGAGGCAUUCUUGGAAGUGGCGCAGUCCGGAAUGAGCAUGGUCUGUAUAGCCAGUAUGGCUGGUCACAUGGGAUCAGGCUUGUCAUCGGAGCUCGAGCGUCAUCUUGCGACAGCGCCCAGGGAACAAUUGCUAGACCAUCCCGCUUUGAACAUUGAUCCCAGCGACCACCAUGGACCUGCACGGGCGUAUGGUCUUUCGAAACGCGGAAAUAUACUUCGUGUUCAAGCUGCCGCGAAAAUUUGGGGGCGUGUUGGGGGAAGAGUGAAUUCUGUUAGCCCCGGAGUAAUUUCUACAAAGACCGGCAGACAGGAGAUCAAUGAUCCAGCUGGUAAAUUUAUUGCCAUGAGCCCAGUGGGUCGUGUGGGCACGCCGCAGGAUAUUGUGAAUGCUGUGGCAUUCUUGGCGAGUUCGCAGUCGUCUUUUAUUACGGGCAAUGAUAUACUAGUGGAUGGUGGGGUCGUGUCCUCAUUGAAGUGGGAUAGUCCAUAAGAGUAUCUGGUACUACCAUCAGAGAGGCUUUCCUG